CGCUAGAGUAUGCUUUAGACGUACGGAACACGCCAGGUGGGCAAGACAAAGUCGCGUGCAAGGAACGUUUCGAAGCACCAAAGUUGUAUUUUGGGCCACGUUACGCCCUAAAACGUGACGAUUUUAGCUCCGAAAGGUUUGUAAAAGAAGCAGAGGGACGCCAUGGUCAAGCUUACACCGGAGUUAAUCGCGCAGUCGGCGCAGUAUGUCAACGCCGUCAGGGAGUACGAGCUCGAUCUCAGAGGUUACAAGAUUCCUGUGUUGGAGAAUCUCGGAGCAACUCUGGACCAGUUUGACACCAUUGACUUCUCAGACAAUGAGAUCAGGAAGCUGGAAGGUUUCCCCCUGCUGAAGAGGCUGCGCUCUCUGCUCAUGAACAACAACAGGAUCUGUCGUAUUGCUGAGGGUCUGGAACAGAAUCUGCCACGUUUACAGGAAUUGAUUUUGACCAAUAAUAAUGUACAAGAACUGGGAGAUUUGGAUCCACUUGCAGCAUUUAAGAACCUGUCACACCUGAGUUUGCUGAGAAACCCUGUAACCACCAAGGAACACUACAGGCUGUACGUCAUCCACAAGAUUCCCCAGCUCAGAGUACUGGACUUUCAGCGCAUCCGACUCAGGGAGCGAGAGGCAGCGGAACGAACAUUCAAGGGCAAGAAGGGAGAGAAGCUGGCCAGGGAGAUAGGCAAGAAGUCCAAAACGUUUACCCCAGGAGCCCCUAUUGCUGGUGUGAAGAGAACAGGACCCUCACCCCAGGACGUGGAAGCUAUCAAGAAAGCCAUAACUGAGGCCACAUCACUGGAGGAAGUGGAUCGUCUGCAGAGACUACUGCAGGCAGGACAGGUACCAGGCAAGGACUCCAAGAGACUUCCCAGAGCCGAAGGUGGAGUAGAGGAAGAAGAGGAAGACAUGGAAAUGGACAUACAGAAUGGAAAGUAGUCAUCAUUGAUGACUCAUCAAACUUCAAAGCUUUUUGUUUACUAACAAUAUAAUAUACGAGAUGUAAACAGGCUACUUUGCUUAAGCAAAGGCAUCAGUUUGAUGAAUAUUUGUAUACAAAUUAUUUUUCGAACACUUUUGACAUGUACAAAGUUAGGUUUGUUCUUUUGUUUUCCUUGUUGAUUUUAGUUCAUUAACUACAACCUUUGGUAUCCUUUCGGAUGGAUUUUCCUGAUCAUACCUAUUUAGAACUAGUUUAACCAGUCGAAUUUAAGCUCAAGUCAAGGCCUGUAACUAGUGUAAGGAAACUAGCCAGUCCAUGCCUAAGUUAUGUCAACAGUUUAAGGUAAACUGUGAUGAAAAGGAUACUUUUUUUCACAGUUUAAAGGUAUUGAUGAGCAUGGCAUUGUAUAUUCAGAUACUUUGACUUUAGGGGGUAAUGUAAAGUAAUACUUAUCAUUUUCCUGGCUAUCAGAUGCGCCAUCUUAUAAAAAGAUGGUCAACGGUAAACUGUAGGAGUAUUUCUGGCUUAAAUAAAGACAUCAGAUAAGAUGCAAA